GGCAGUGGCGCUGCCUCUGAUCGGCUUUCCGUCUCCCCAGUUCCGAGUGUGUCGUUGUUGUUGUCGGUGACGCGGCGGAGGUGUAGCCUGACGCGGUCUCUUACGUGUCGGCCCGAAUAAAAGUGGAGCUCCGAGGGCUCGCGAGUGACGGAAGGAGUGUGUAUCGCACACAUGAGCUGCUUUAAAGUUCACCGAGGUUGAGAGCAUUGAUUCGCCGCUGUGCUUUUUCUCUGCGGGCGGAAGGCGCUGUCAGCAGGCAUGUGGCAGGAAGUAGGAUGAACAGACUGCAGCUAUAAAUAAAGAUAACUCAAUGACCAUGGAGGUGGGAGCGGAGGCCCAGCAGGGUGCAGACACGGCUGUGGCUGAGACUGAGGCCCAGCAGAUCACCCAGGCCCAGAUCGCCACGCUUACUCAGGUGACUGUAGGUGCAGGACACACCACUGCCGCCGCCCCCACCGUCACCCUGGUGCAGCUGCCUAAUGGGCAGACAGUGCAGGUGCACGGGGUGAUCCAGGCUGCGCAGCCCUCUGUCAUUCAGUCCCCACAGGUACAGACAGUCCAGAUCUCUACCGUGGCGGAGAGCGAGGACUCCCAGGAGUCUGUGGACAGCGUGACUGACUCUCAGAAACGCAGAGAGAUCCUCUCCAGACGCCCUUCCUACAGGAAGAUUCUGAACGACUUAUCAUCGGAUGCCCCGGGAGUACCAAGGAUCGAGGAGGAGAAAUCCGAGGAAGACGCAGCACCUGCCAUCACUACAGUUACCGUGCCAACCCCCAUUUAUCAGACCAGCAGUGGCCAGUACAUUGCCAUCACGCAGGGUGGAGCCAUUCAGCUGGCCAAUAAUGGCACAGACGGUGUGCAAGGUCUGCAAACUCUGACCAUGACGAACGCGGCGGCUGCACAGCCGGGCACCACUAUCCUGCAGUAUGCCCAGACAAGUGACGGGCAGCAGAUCCUGGUACCCAGCAACCAAGUGGUGGUGCAAGCUGCUUCGGGAGACGUUCAGGCAUACCAGAUCCGCACAGCAGCAGCGAGUACCAUAGGCCCUGGUGUGGUCAUGGCCUCAUCACCUGCUCUGCCCAGCCAAGGAGGUGCCGAAGAGGCCACACGCAAACGAGAAGUGCGUCUCAUGAAGAACAGGGAGGCGGCCCGAGAGUGCCGCCGGAAGAAGAAGGAAUACGUGAAGUGUCUGGAGAACCGGGUGGCUGUUUUGGAGAACCAGAACAAAACUCUCAUUGAGGAACUGAAAGCUCUUAAAGACCUGUACUGCCAUAAAUCCGAGUAACGUCAUCGUCCAUGUUUGUCUUCGGUGGACUUCAACAUACGUGUACAGAGACUGUGUGUGAGCUCUUCCUGGACGGAACGCAUGUUUUCUAAAUAUACUUUUAAAAAAUAAUUAAAAAAAAAAAAAAAAAUGUAAAAAUUCUUCAGACUGCCUGGAAAUUCCCAUGAAUCCCAUGGCCAAAGUCUCUGCACCAACGGAUCAUGGCUUUACAAAUAAACAGGGUGAAGGCGUUCUAGGACGUAAAUAAUCCCCCGUCUUGUUUCUCUCGUUAAGCUCCCCAGGUUUGUUGGAAAACACAUAUUCGUUAACGUGUUGGUGUAGACGGAGCACCCGAUAAUGAUGUAGGGAAGUUUUUAACAAAUCUGAAUAUAUUGUGCAAGCAACUCCGUUACGCUGUUUAAAUAUAUCUAAACAUUUCUGGAUGAUGAGGGUCAGUCAGGAAUGUAGACGUUUGGAAUGAGAAACAUUUUUCCUUAAGCAUUAGGUUUUGAACUAUAUCUGUCGGACUGUUACUAAUAUUCGGACGUGUCAGAUGUUUGAGUUAGUGUUAUGGGUUGUUUUUUGUUUGGGGUUUUUUUCUUUGCUAUACACAUUUCUACUGUAAAAUAUUGUUACGUUUACUUUGGAUGCCUUAUAAAAUAACUGUAUAAAAACAGAUCAAGAGAAUUUAAGGCAUUUAUAAAUGAUAAUAUUUGUAUCGUAUUCGAAUAGGAGACUAUUCUAGACCUGUAUGUUCUGAGUUGCAUCUUACUGCAUUUUGUUAUGAAAGAAGCCUUGCUUCUAGCCAAUAGUGAUCCACAGUAACGGAUCUGGUUUCUCCCUUUCUUUUGGAUAUGAAACUUGUUCUAAAUCAAGUUAUUUUGCAUUCCCGAUACCCUUCAGAACAGGCAAACACAUUCCUCAGUGUCAAAUUUUCUAGGAUAGAAGCAACUUUGCGCCUCUGAGUCGAACCAAAUUUGCUAAUAUCGCUGCAAGUCCUGGUGCAUCUGAGGGCGGACUGUGAAGAGGCGACGCAAAACAGAGGGAGAAUGUUGAUGUGUUUAAUAUGUGCAGUUUGGAAAUAGCUAGGAGUGUGUGUGUGUGUGUGCGUGUGUGUGUCUGUAGAGGACCCAGGUGUGUUUGCUGAACUUUGCUGAAAUCAAAGCUAAACGGAUGUCGAUGUUCUGAUCUGGGCUGCUUCUGUUCCACUCAAGCACAAAGUGUUACAGUGGGAUUAAUUCGGGCAUUUGAGUUGCAUAAAGACUGAACACAUACAAUGAAAUAUUAUAAAGAUUUUUAAAUAUCAUGGACUUGCAUUCUUCUGCCAUUUUUUUUAUAUACACAGAUAUGUUAACUUUUGUCUUAAGCAGUUGAACUAAUGAAUAGCAUACUGUAUAACAAGUAUAAUUCUUAUGUCAUUACAGCAUGUUUCAACUUGUUUUGUAUAUUAUUUUUUAACUUUGAUAUCGCUAUGGUUAUUUUUUUGCAUUAUGUCACAAUGGAUAUGAAUUUGAUGUCUUUGUAUUUGAUGCAUCAACACAAAUAGAGGGUACAAAUAUUUGUUGUUAGUCUAUCAUGACUGUUGCAUUUUUGGCAGCUAUUUCAUAUAAAAACCAGUGUGUAGAAA